CCACACUCUCCACUACCACUCCCUUGAACAGAAGCAGAGGCCAUGUUCUGGAAAACUGCAGUCCUGUUGGUGGUCAUCCUGGCUUUUGCCAGGGGCAGCUUUAUACCAGGGGGAAUAAACCCUACAGAUGUUAACAAUCCUGAGAUGAAAGCCGCUUUGAAUUUCGCUGUCAGUGAAGUCAACAAGCAGAAUGUUGUAUACAACAGCAAAGUGGUGAAAGUGAUCUCGGCCACAAGUCAGGUUGUUUCAGGGUACAUGUACAGGUUUGAAGUGGAAAUGGCUAUAUCUGGCUGCAAACCGUGUGCACAGCAGAAGUGUGAUGAUGCUAACUCAGAGCUCACAAAGCCCUACACAUGCUAUUUUGAUGUAUGGAGUCAACCAUGGCUGGGCCCACCUAAGCUUACGAGGGAUGACUGCAAUGUUAAAUUUCCUUGAAGUCAGUCAGGUUUUAGACUAGCCUACAUCUAGUCAAAACAAUCAUAUAGCAUCUUAAAGAAAAUGCUCUUCUUCUAAUGAACAAAAUGUACUUUAAAUACAUUUUUUUCUAUGAAUUACCACUGUUUAUCUGAAACAAACUGUAGACUAAUCUAGCCUACCUUUUUUUCCGCAAAAUAAAGUCUUCUCACACAUUUCUGUGACUGAGUAGUGU